UUACAAACUCCAUAACGUUAUUAUAUAUAUUACGAAAAAGAUGAAGUUUUGAGACAAGUCAUAAUUAUGGAUGAAGAUCUUGGAGCAAUUUUAUUCAGAAUUCACAACGAGUUUAAGAAUAUGAUUUUUAUCUUAAAAUGUAUGUACGAUAAGGCGGUGUUGACUAAUAAUUCGAACCGGGAUUCAUCGAACAUCGACCCUGAAUUGUUCACGGAAGUUGAAGAAUUGACGAGAAUCAAUAAUGAAUUAAAAAUAAAAUGUAGACAUUCAAAACAGAGACAUAAAGAGAGGUUGAAGAAAAAAGAGUCCGGUGAGGAUUAUAAAUUCCUAGUUUCAUUGAAAAUGAAAUAUGAAAUGCUGAAUAACUACAUAAAAAGAUCAACCAAACAACUCAAAGAACAGAUGAAUAUGAUGACGCCGUCGACAAAGACUUCUUUCCUGAUCCAAAGUAAAGUCAAUUCCCCUAAUUUGUAAUGGUUAAUAAUAAGGUUUAUAUUUUUUAACCUUUUAUUGCCACAUUCUAUUACACCGAUGUCAAUUCCAACUAUGUUGAUUAUUGUUGAAAUUUCAAAACGAAAUAACAAUAAACAUUUUGUUUCUUCAAAAGUGUAUUUUUUUUUCAUAUACAUAAAACAGUGAAACUAUGUUUUGAACAUAUUAAAUUCAAUUGGUAUAAUAUAAUCGUCGUACGAACGCCACAUAAUAUAAUACCUAAUAUAUUAUUUAAUUUCGGCUAAUAACUACUAACAAGUACCUACAUGCAUAUAUGGGAAUAUCUGGUUUGGGUUUACACAUUAUUAUGAUGCUCUUGCAGAUGUUUUCAAAAGGAAUCACAAAAAAAUGAUCAUUGAGUUUCAGAGUUACUUCGGUCCUUUCUGGUUCACGGCUAAACUCUGUAUAAUGUAUAUAGCGUAGUAGAUAGAAUAUUAUCGGUAUAUUAAUAUAAUGGUUAAUUUGUAUAGCAAAUUUACAAUCACUUGUGGUAUUUAUUUUUUUUUGUGUUUAGGUUUUCUGUCGUUUCCAAAUUCUAAAUUAUUUUCUCUUAAAAGAAAGACUGCAGACACGCGUAUAUAAAAACGCAAGACAUGUCUUGUUCUAUUUUUUUUUCAACAAGUGAAAUCGACGUGAAUGAAUAGUUUAGUGCACGGGGACCACGUUUCCCAAUAAAAAUAAUAAAUCAUUUUCGACGUAUAAAAUAUUAUAUAUUAUUACGUAUGGCAUGGGUGUCCAUACUCGACAUGAUUAUUAAAUAUGAAGCUACAUAAUAUUAUUAUGUUAACAGCGCUAAUUUAAAAUAACAACAAUCGUAUAGUAUUCUGUACAGCAUAGAACAGCUCACGCAAAAAUAUUAAAAUGGUAAAUACCACCAACCAGACACUAUAUACCGAUGGACUUAUAAUGGGUUGCUGAGUUGUUAAAACGUACGGCGCGGCGUUUUUUCAACAAUAAACAAACACCGCGCUUGUUUAUAAUAUUUUAAAAAGGGUUAUAAAUAUUAUUAUAACUAAUUAUUGUUGUAAAUAUUAUAUCCUCUUUAGUGCCUAGUGCCUACUAUAAACGUUCUUCGGAUUUUGUUUCGGUACAUUAUAAUAAUAAUAUGUUAAAAUGUAUAAAUAUUAGGUAAAUAUAAAACCUGUAUAUUAUAGUAUAAUUUUGUGUGCAUAUAAAAGCAAAACCUAACAAAGAUGUGUUCAUAAUACCCGGGUUUCAAAUGCUUUCCAGUUUAUUCAUUUUCAUAUUUUGUUCCUAAAUAGUUACCUAUAUAAUUAUUAUAAAUUAUAUCUUUCAGUUACACCUCCCUAGACCAUACAUAGUCGAAUUGUUAUAGUUAUUUCAUUGUUUAUAGUUCGGUUUUUGAAUUCAAACUACUUACAUUUUAUUGCAGUUAUCAAGAGUUAUAAACUUAUAAAAAAUGCGUAGAAUUCGGACCGUCAUAUGUUCAGUUUUAGGGAAUUCAAUGAAUGUAGUUAUCAAUGUUCGUAUCGCUUAAUCCACUCCCAAUAACUGCACAGGUAGCAUUAUAUCUAAGUGCCUUUUAAAAUACCCUAAAAGAUAAUAAUACUCUACUAAUUAAUGAUUUUUAAUCCACUACUAAUAACUGCACAUGUAGGAUUUUAUCUAAUUGUCUUUUAAAAUACACUAAGAGAUAAUAAUACUCUACUAAAUGAUUUUUAAUGGUAAAUGUCUGAUUAUU